CUGAUGGUGAAAACUUGCAGAAACACUUCUCGUUGCUUCCUCUUUUGUUGAUCGUCUUCUCUUUGUGGAAAUAAUGGCAUGCUCAAAGCCAUGCUCUUUCGAGGCAAUAAUCAAAUGCUUCUUGGUUGGAAUACUUUUCUUUCUGUGCAGUGUUAAGAGUGCGGUGAACGAUGGGGGUCCUUCUUGCUAUGGAGGAUUUGACCUGUACUUUGUUUUGGACAAGUCUGGGAGUGUUCAACACCACUGGAGUGAAAUAUUUUACUUUGUGAAUCACCUUGCACACAAAUUCAUCAGCCCACAACUGAGAAUGUCUUUCAUUGUUUUCUCAACCAGAGGUACCACACUUAUGACUUUAACAGAGGACAGGGAACGAAUCCGCCAAGGUUUAGAGGAGCUACAAAUGGUGUUACCCGGAGGCGAUACCUACAUGCACGAAGGCUUUGCAAGAGCAAGUGAACAAAUCUAUUACUCAAGUGCAGAAGGUUACAGAACGGCCAGCGUCAUUAUCGCCCUGACAGAUGGCGAGCUGAUGGAGAACCUUUUUUAUUAUGCAGAGCUAGAGGCUAACCGCUCUCGAAGUCUUGGAGCAACAAUCUACUGCGUUGGUGUCAAAGAUUUCAAUGAAACCCAGCUGGCACGGAUUGCAGACAGUAGGGACCAUGUCUUCCCUGUAAACGAUGGCUUCACUGCUCUCCAGGGAAUCAUUGACUCGAUCCUGAAGAAGUCAUGUAUUGAGAUCCUGGCAGCUGAGCCAUCAAGCAUCUGUGCUGGAGAAUCAUUUGAAGUCGUUGUGAGGGGGAAUGGAUUUUCCCACGCUCGUAAUGUGGAUAAAGUUCUCUGCAGCUUCAAAAUUAAUGAAACUAUUACGCUCACUCAGAAACCCUUGGUGGUAAAGGACACCUAUUUGCUUUGUCCUGCUCCAGUGUUGCAAGAGGUUGACAGAAAGGUAUUCUUGCAGGUCAGCAUGAAUGAUGGUCUUAGCUUCAUUUCCAGUUCUGUCACCAUCACAACCGUCCACUGUUCAGAUGGAACAAUUUUGGCUAUUGCACUUCUAAUCCUCUUCCUCCUGCUGGCAUUGGUUCUUUUCUGGUGGUUCUGGCCCUUGUGCUGUACUGUGAUCAUUGCCGAGCCUCCACCACCACCCUCUGAUGAUGAAGAGGAUUUGGACUCAGAAGGAUUGCCCAAGAAGAAAUGGCCAACUGUUGAUGCCUCAUAUUAUGGUGGCCGAGGUGUAGGAGGGAUCAAAAGAAUGGAGGUUCGAUGGGGUGAGAAGGGAUCAACUGAAGAGGGUGCCAAACUGGAAAAAGCCAAAAAUGCCAGAGUCAAAAUGCCAGAACAGGAAUAUGAGUUCUCAGAGGCAGGAAUGCACAACAAUAAUGUGGGUCGCAAGUUGAACUCUCCAAGAAAAUGGUACUCACCAAUCAAGGGCAAGUUAGAUGCACUGUGGGUUCUCCUGAGGAAAGGCUACGACCGGGUAUCUGUGAUGCGCCCCCGUCCUGGAGACAAGGGACGUUGCAUCAAUUUCACUAGAGUAAAGGCCGGCAGGAAACCACCCAGUUACCCUUAUUACAACAACGUGCGAAACAGUGGGCCGGCUCCCAUCUAUUGUCCGACCGUCAGUCUUCCUCCGUCUCCUGCCCCAUCGCCUGAGCCGUCACCUGUUAAUUCCACAACUUCGUCGCCCACUCCAUCGCCAACUUGCACCUUGCCUCCGCCUCCGCCAGGACCUCCACCUACACGGGCUCCCCCACCGUCGCGCCCACCCCCACGCCCUUCCUUUUAAACUUGGCAACUCAAGAGGUUGAACCCUUCGUUUUAACAACAGACAGAAGGGGAACCAAAGAGGUACUGCAUAAAGGUUCUUACUGGUCUGAAGAAGACAGCUUCCCUUUGGUCAGUUUGUAGAGGGUGUCUGCAGCAAAACAAACUCCAACGUACACAGCAGUAUCCUUUGAACUCAUGCCAGUUAACGUUGGCCUUAUUAUCUUCAACUUGAUCAACUGUUGCUUUUAAACGUGUGAUAUAUUGAUCU